AUGGCCGAAAGAGAGGUUGAAAAGGAAAUCCUCGCUGGAGUAUCUGGCAGUGCAAACAUUGCGCCUGAGACCACGCCCACCGAAUCCAAGGAGAUAUGGCCUAGUACAUCCUCAACUGCCAGCUCCACCGACAUAGAUGAAGCCCGCGAACAGGCUCGGCAGAACAACCCCAAUGGCACUUCUAACCCUCACACGGGGGUUUCCGUAGAACAAGCCACCGCCGAUUUUGCAGGUCUGCAACGAGAGAUCUCGGGUCGCUCAAGAAUAAGUCGCCGACAAAGCCAGGCCACUCAUGCUGAUGGUGAUGUUGAGAAAGUCGCCAAUGACAUCGCAGAGUCACCGGCAUCCGCCUCUACAGAAGAUGUCUUCGAUCUGGAGGCGGCGCUCCGAGGCGGCCUUGAAGCAGAGCAAGCCGCUGGCAUCAAGUCCAAACACAUUGGUGUAUAUUGGGAUGGUCUGACCGUCAAGGGUAUGGGCGGCAUGGAAAACUUUGUCCAAACAUUUCCGGAUGCUUUCAAAAACUUUCUUGAUAUUUGGACCCCCCUCAAGGGUUUAUUUGGUAUGGGCCCCAAGAUGGAAGAGGUGACAAUUCUGGAUAAUUUCCGCGGCGUCGUAAAGCCUGGUGAGAUGGUCCUGGUCCUGGGUCAGCCGGGUAGUGGGUGCACCUCGUUCUUGAAGACAAUCGCGAAUCAGCGACAUGGCUAUACUGGCGUGUCGGGUGAUGUUCUGUAUGGCCCUUUUACUGCCGAGGAAUUUGGUCACUAUCGAGGUGAAGCCGUCUACAACCAGGAGGACGAUAUUCACCAUGCCACCCUGACGGUGGAGCAGACUCUGGGUUUUGCGCUUGACGUGAAGACGCCCAAAAAGCUGCCCGCUGGCACUACCAAGUCCAAAUUCAAGCAGGAUGUCAUCACCAUGCUCUUGCGAAUGUUCAACAUUGAGCACACCCGAAAUACAGUGGUUGGAAAUGCCCUUAUUCGUGGUGUUUCCGGAGGAGAACGUAAGCGUGUGUCGAUCGCCGAAAUGAUGAUCACAAACGCUUGUGUUCUUUCUUGGGACAACAGUACUCGUGGUUUGGACGCUAGUACUGCUCUCGAUUUCGUCAAGUCCCUACGCGUACAAACCAACCUGUACCAGACUGCGACCUUUGUCUCCCUCUACCAGGCUUCUGAGAACAUCUACAAGCAAUUUGACAAGGUCAUGGUCAUUGACUCUGGCAAGCAAGUCUACAUUGGCCCUGUGGCGGAAGCACGUGGCUACUUCGAAGGUCUUGGAUUCGCGCCAAAGCCAAGACAGACAACCCCUGAUUACGUGACGGGCUGUACCGACGAAUUCGAGCGUGAAUACGCAGAUGGGUAUUCCCCCGCUAAUGCGCCACACAGUCCCGAGACUCUGGCUGAGGCUUUCAAGAAGUCUGUCUUCACUGAACGACUGAACACUGAAAUGUCCGAGUACAAGGCUCGUCUUGACAAGGAGAGCGCCAAGCACGAAGAUUUCCGCACUGCUGUUCGUGAAAGCAAGCGCAGUGGUGCUAAGCGCUCUGUGUACAAUGUCGGUUUCCAUCAGCAAGUCUGGGCUUUGAUGAAGCGCCAGUUCGCUCUCAAGAUGCAAGAUAAGCUUGCUCUAUACCUUGCAUGGUUCCGCAGCAUCGUUAUCGCUAUUGUUCUCGGUACUCUCUAUCUUAAUCUCGGUCAAACGUCAGCCAGUGCUUUUAGCAAGGGUGGCCUUCUGUUUAUCUCGCUCCUGUUCAACGCCUUUGAAGCUUUCUCGGAAUUGGCUGGUGUAAUGACGGGUCGUGCAAUUGUCAACAAGCAUAAAGCAUACACGUUUCAUCGACCUUCAGCUCUAUGGAUUGCCCAAAUCUUCGUUGACACGGCAUUCUCGGCCUCGAGAGUUCUAGUCUUCAGCAUCAUCGUUUACUUCAUGACCAACUUGACCCGGACAGCCGGUGCCUUUUUCACAUUCUACUUGUUAAUCAUGGUCGGAAACAUCGCGAUGACACUGUUCUUCCGUAUCGUCGGAUGCGUUAGUCCCGACUUCGAUUACGCCAUCAAGUUCGCAGUUGUGAUCAUUACCUUGUUCAUCAUCACUUCGGGCUAUCUGAUCGCUUAUCAAUCCCAACAGGUGUGGUUAAGAUGGAUUUUCUGGAUCAAUGCCCUUGGUCUAGCGUUUGCUGCUCUCAUGGCCAAUGAAUUUAAAGGAAACGAGCUUGAAUGCACAGCUGAUUCAUUGGUGCCUUCGGGACCAACUUACGGAGACAUCAAUCACCAAGUAUGCACCCUGGCUGGCUCUACGCCUGGCACCUCGCAGGUCAGUGGCGCCGCAUACAUUACUCAAGGCUUCUCUUACCAUCCGUCGGAUCUUUGGAGGAACUUUGGCAUCAUCAUGGCUCUUAUCGUGUUCUUCUUGAUAAUGAAUGUUGUACUUGGAGAGUUUGUCAACUUUGGAGCCGGCGGCAACACAUUCAAGGUCUUCCAAAAGCCCAACGCUGAGAGAAAACAACUCAAUGAAGCACUAUCCAACAAGCGCCUACAACGCCAAAAGUCGAGAAAAGAUGAGGAUGGUUCAACCCUUUCCAUCGACUCUAAGAGCGUCCUGACUUGGGAAAAUCUCAACUACGACGUCCCUGUUCCGGGUGGUACUCGCCGUUUGCUCAACAACGUUUUUGGAUAUGUUCGACCAGGCGAAUUAACGGCGCUUAUGGGAGCUUCAGGAGCCGGAAAGACAACAUUGCUAGAUGUGUUGGCUGCACGAAAGAACAUUGGUGUUAUUCAUGGUGACAUUUUAGUUGAUGGCACAAAACCCGGCAAGGAGUUCCAGCGAUCAACAUCGUACGCCGAGCAACUCGAUAUGCACGACCCCACCCAAACUGUCCGUGAAGCACUUCGCUUUUCUGCCGAUCUUCGACAGCCUAUGGAGACGCCGGCGGAAGAGAAAUACGCUUACGUCGAAGAGAUCAUCGCUCUGCUCGAAAUGGAGCACAUGGCAGACGCAAUAAUUGGAUUUCCGGAGGCUGGUCUGACUGUUGAACAGCGCAAGCGAGUCACAAUUGGUGUUGAGCUAGCUGCGAAGCCUCAGCUUCUUUUAUUCUUGGAUGAACCUACUUCCGGUCUGGAUUCCCAAAGUGCGUUCAACAUUGUGCGUUUCCUGAAGAAGCUUGCCGGUGCUGGACAGGCCAUUCUCUGCACCAUCCAUCAGCCUAACGCCGCACUCUUCGAGAACUUUGACAGAUUGUUGUUGCUCCAGCGUGGGGGUCAGACUGUCUACUUUGGUGACAUCGGCAAGGACGCUGUUGUCCUCCGGGACUAUCUUGCUCGUCAUGGUGCUGUCGCUAGCGAGUCUGACAACGUCGCUGAGUUCAUGCUCGAGGCAGUCGGUGCCGGUAGCGCCCCGCGUGUGGGCAACAAGGAUUGGGCCGACAUCUGGAAUGACAGCCCUGAGCUCGCCAACGUCAAGGAUACCAUUUCGCAGUUGAAGUCGUCGCGUGGCGGUCAGGCCGUUGACCCUGCUUUGCAGCGAGAAUUUGCUUCAUCUCUCUCACACCAGUUGAAUGUGGUUAUUAAGAGGGCAAACUUGUCAUUCUGGCGAUCUCCUAACUACCUGUUCACUCGCCUUUUCAACCAUUUUGUCAUCGCUCUUUUGACAGGUCUCAAUUUCCUCAAGCUGGACGACUCGCGUGCUUCUCUUCAGUACAAGGUUUUCGUCGUCUUCCAAGUUACUGUGCUGCCUGCCCUUGUCAUUUCACAGGUCGAAGUCAUGUAUCACGUGAAGCGAGCCAUCUUCUUUAGAGAGCAGUCGUCCAAGAUGUACAGCAGCUUCACCUUUGCCGCUUCAAUGGUACUUGGUGAAAUGCCUUACUCGAUUCUCUGCGCUGUGCUCUUCUUCAUCCCCCUGUACUACUUGCCUGGUUUCCAGACCGACAGUUACCGUGCCGGCUAUCAAUUCUUUAUGAUCUUAAUCACCGAGCUCUUCUCGGUCACCCUUGGUCAACUCCUUGCCACCAUUACUCCUUCUGCUUUCAUCUCCAGUCAAUUCGACCCCUUCGUCAUCAUCACUUUCGCCCUUUUCUGUGGUGUGACAAUCCCCGCGCCGCAGAUGCCCGGCUUUUGGCGCGCCUGGCUCUACCAGCUUGACCCAUUCACGCGCCUCAUUGGAGGUAUGGUCACCACCGCGCUGUACGAACUUCCCGUCACAUGCAACAACAACGAGUACAACUCCUUCUCUGCCCCCGACGGUCAGGCCUGCGGCGACUAUAUGCAAUCAUUCUUCGAUGCCGGUGGUGUUGGUUACAUCCGCGAUAACGCGACCAGUGCAUGCGAAUACUGUGCCUACAAGAUCGGCAAUCAGUUCUAUGAGCCUUUAGGUUUCAGCUAUUCCAACCGAUGGAGAGAUUUGGGAAUCUUUCUUGCUUUUGUGGGGUCCAACUUGAUCCUCGUUUUCCUCGGAAGCAAAUUCCUGAACUUCAACCGAAGAUAA